AUGGCGGCACCCUGACCCCCAGCCAGCCACAGCCUCCUGCUCGCCGCCCCCCCCACCCCACCCCUUUGGCCCUGGGGGCCCCCUACUUCUGCCUGGCUGUGACCCCCCCCAGCCGCCGGUACGGCCCCGCCCCCGCUGCCCCGGUGGUGGCCCACGGCCCCCCGGCUGCCCGUGGUCAAACUGGAGUCGCUGAAGCGCUGGAACGAAGAGAGGGGGCUGUGGUGCGAGAAGGGGGUGCAGGUGCUGCUGACCACCGUGGGCGCCUUCGCCGCCUUCGGCCUCAUGACCAUUGCCAUCAGCACCGACUACUGGCUGUACACGCGUGCGCUCAUCUGCAACACCACCAACCUCACGGGGGGCGACGAUGGGCCCCCCCACCGCGGGGGCAGCGCCUCCGAGAAGAAGGACCCCGGGGGGCUCACGCACUCGGGCCUCUGGCGGAUCUGCUGCCUGGAAGGGUUGAAAAGAGGCGUCUGCGUGAAGAUCAACCAUUUCCCGGAGGACACGGACUACGACCAUGACAGCGCCGAGUACCUGCUCAGAGUUGUCCGGGCCUCCAGCAUCUUCCCUAUCCUCAGCGCCAUCCUGCUGCUGCUUGGAGGUGUGUGCGUGGCGGCCUCCCGCGUCUACAAGUCCAAAAGGAACAUCAUUCUGGGCGCGGGGAUCUUGUUCGUGGCAGCAGGCCUGAGCAACAUCAUCGGCGUGAUCGUGUACAUCUCGGCCAACGCGGGCGAGCCGGGCCCGAAGCGGGACGAGGAGAAGAAGAACCACUACUCGUACGGCUGGUCCUUCUACUUCGGCGGGCUGUCGUUCAUCCUGGCCGAGGUGAUCGGCGUGCUGGCCGUCAACAUCUACAUCGAGCGCAGCCGCGAGGCGCACUGCCAGUCUCGCUCGGACCUGCUCAAGGCCGGCGGGGGCGCGGGCGGCAGUGGCGGGAGCGGCCCCUCGGCCAUCCUCCGUCUGCCCAGUUACCGCUUCCGCUACCGCCGCCGCUCCCGCUCCAGCUCCCGGUCCAGCGAGCCGUCGCCGUCGCGGGACGCGUCUCCCGGGGGCCCCGGGGGCCCGGGCUUCGCCUCCACGGACAUCUCCAUGUACACGCUCAGCCGCGACCCGUCCAAGGGCAGCGUGGCCGCGGGGCUGGCGGGGGCCGCCGGCAGCGGCGGCGGCGGCGUGGGGGGCUACGGCGGCGCGGCGGGGGGCGCCGGCGGCGGCGGCGGCGGCGGCGGGGCCGGCGCGGAGCGGGACCGCGGGGGGACGGCGGGCUUCCUCACGCUGCACAACGCCUUCCCCAAGGAGGCGGGCGGCGGCGUCACGGUCACCGUCACCGGGCCGCCCGCCGCGCCCGCGCCGGCGCCGCCCGCGCCCGCCGCGCCCGCGCCCGGGACCCUGUCCAAGGAGGCUGCGGCCUCCAACACCAACACGCUCAACAGGAAAACCACGCCGGUGUAGGGCGCGCGCG